CGGGAGGCGCCGAGCCGGCCUUGGAAAAGGAGGAGAAGGAGGAGAAAACGGGUAAGGGGGACGGUGGGAGCCACCCUCCAGACUGCCAGGGGCCGAGCAGGGCCAGCCGGACCCGCGGCGGGGCGGCUGCGAGAGGCUCUGACCCAGCCUUCAGCAGGGGCUCUGCACCUUUUCCAGACCCCUGAGACCUGUUGCCUGCAGCUGCCCAAGGCCCGAGGGAAUGCUGGCUGCUCUCUGGGUAGACAUUGGUGUUCCUGAUUCACUCUGGGAAGAUUGGUGUGCCCAGUCCUGGCCCAUCCUGGGGCCAUCGGAAGCUGCAAGCUGAUAUCCGUCCAGAUUUCCACGCAGCCUCCACCCACUCAGCAAUCGGCUUUCCUGCUUGUGGCGGCAGCUCACAAAGCACCUUGAGGGAGUACCCGUCAAGCGCCUGACAAGAAGCCCACUGUCUGGGACACCAGACGCCCUCCCCCGGCACCCCUGACCCUCCAAAGGGCCAAGGCAUGGCGCUCUGACACCUCUGCUUAGACCAGUUUCCGUGCCUCUGCCCUGGACUCCUGAGCUUGGAGCCCAGCCUGGGGACCAGAAUGGGUCGUGAACAGGACCUGAUUCUCGCUGUCAAGAAUGGAGAUGUGACUGGUGUGCAGAAACUGGUGGCUAAGGUCAAGGCUUCUAAGACAAAGCUCCUGGGCUCCACAAAGAGACUCAACGUCAACUACCAGGAUGCUGAUGGGUUCUCUGCUCUCCACCAUGCUGCCUUGGGGGGCAGCCUGGAGCUCAUAGCCUUGCUGCUGGAGGCUCAGGCCACCGUUGACAUCAAGGACAGCAAUGGCAUGCGGCCGCUGCACUACGCGGCCUGGCAGGGCCGGCUGGAGCCCGUGAGGCUGCUACUGCGGGCCUCUGCAGCUGUCAAUGCCGCGUCGCUGGACGGGCAGAUCCCGCUGCACUUGGCUGCCCAGUACGGACACUAUGAGGUGUCAGAAAUGCUCCUCCAGCAUCAGUCCAACCCGUGUCUGGUCAACAAAGCCAAGAAGACGCCCCUGGAUCUGGCCUGUGAAUUUGGGCGGCUCAAGGUGGCCCAGCUGCUUCUGAACAGCCACUUAUGUGUGGCACUGCUGGAGGGCGAGGCCAAGGACCCAUGUGACCCCAACUAUACCACACCCCUGCACUUGGCUGCCAAGAAUGGCCACAGAGAGGUCAUCAGGCAGCUCCUGAGAGCCGGGAUUGAGAUCAACCGCCAGACCAAGACAGGCACGGCGCUCCACGAGGCUGCACUGUAUGGCAAGACCGAGGUGGUGCGGCUGCUCCUGGAGGGUGGGGUGGAUGUCAACAUUCGGAAUACGUAUAACCAGACUGCGCUGGACAUUGUGAAUCAGUUCACCACCUCCCAGGCCAGCCGGGAGAUCAAGCAGCUACUGCGGGAGGCCUCGGGCAUCCUCAAGGUCAGAGCGCUCAAGGAUUUCUGGAACCUCCACGAUCCCACUGCCCUCAAUGUCCGGGCAGGGGACGUCAUCACGGUGCUUGAGCAGCAUCCCGAUGGCCGCUGGAAGGGCCACAUCCAUGAGAGCCAGAGGGGCACGGACCGUGUGGGCUACUUCCCCCCGGGCAUCGUCGAGGUGGUCAGCAAGCGGGUGGGCGUCCCUGCGGCCCGCCUCCCCUCUGCACCCACUCCCCUGCGCCCUGGCUUCUCCCGGACACCGCAGCCCCCUGCUGACGACCCCCUGCACCCUCUUACGUAUGGCCAGCUCCCUCGGGUGGGCCUCAGCCCAGACAGCCCAGCAGGUGACAGGAAUAGCGUGGGCAGCGAGGGCAGCGUGGGCAGCAUCCGCAGUGCCGGCAGCGGGCAGAGUUCCGAGGGCACCAAUGGCCACGGCACUGGCCUCCUUAUUGAGAAUGCCCAGCCACUGCCCUCUGCCGGAGAGGACCAGGUGCUGCCAGGACUGCACCCUCCAUCCCUGGCAGACAACCUGAGUCACCGCUCUCUGGCCAACUACCGCUCUGGGGAGCAGCUCUUCACCCAGGAUGUGAGGCCGGAGCAGCUGCUGGAGGGGAAGGAUGCUCAGGCCAUUCAUAACUGGCUGAGUGAGUUCCAGUUAGAGGGCUACACCACCCAUUUUCUGCAGGCUGGCUACGACGUGCCAACCAUCAGCCGCAUGACGCCUGAGGAUCUGACGGCCAUUGGGGUGACCAAGCCUGGGCACAGGAAGAAGAUCGCUUCAGAGAUAGCCCAGCUCAGCAUUGCCGAGUGGCUGCCCAACUACAUUCCAGCGGACUUGCUGGAGUGGCUGUGUGCGCUGGGGCUGCCGCAGUACCACAAGCACUUGGUGAGCAGUGGCUACGACUCCAUGGGGCUGGUGGCCGAGCUCACCUGGGAGGAGCUGCAGGAGAUCGGCGUCAACAAGCUUGGUCAUCAGAAGAAGCUUAUGCUGGGGGUGAAGCGGCUGGCUGAGCUUCGGCGGGGCCUACUCCAGGGGGAGGCCCCAGGUGAAGGUGGCUGUCGGCUGGCCAGGGGCCCGGAGCUGAUGGCCAUCGAGGGACUAGAGAAUGGGGAUGGCCCAGCUGCGGCUGGUCCACGCCUCCUGACCUUUCAGGGCAGUGAGCUGAGCCCAGAGUUACAGGCAGCCAUGGCGGGGGGUGGCCCUGAGCCACUCCCCCUGCCCCCUGCCCGCUCCCCCAGCCAGGAGAGCAUUGGAGCACGCUCACGAGGGUCUGGUCACUCACAGGAACAGCCUGCCCCCCAGCCCAAUGGUGGAGACCCCAGCACCCCACAGGAGAGGAACCUUCCAGAGGGCACAGAGAGACCCCCUAAGCUUUGUCCCCCACUUCCUAGCCAGGGGCCCCCUGCUUAUGUUUUUAUGUACCCGCAGAGCUCGCCCUCCAGCCCAGCCCCAGGGCCACCUCCUGGUCCACCCCGGGCCUUCUCCUACUUGGCUGGCCCCUCUGCCACUCCUCCCGACCCGCCUCGGCCCAAGCGCCGGUCCCACAGCCUGAGCCGCCCUGGGCCGGCCGAAGGGGAAGCAGAAGGGGAGGCCGAAGGGCCGGUGGGCAGUGCCUUGGGCAGUUAUGCCACCCUUACUCGGCGACCAGGACGCAGCGCCCUAGCCCGGAAUAGCCCUAGCCCGACCCCAACUCGAGGGGCUCCCCGAAGCCAGUCCUUUGCCCUGCGGGCCCGUCGCAAAGGCCCACCGCCCCCACCCCCUAAACGCCUCAGUUCUGUCUCUGGCCCCACCCCGGAGCCGCCUCCAUUGGAUGGAAGCCCAGGGCCCAAGGAAGGGACUGCGGGGCCCCGAAGACGAACACUGAGUGAACCAACGGGCCCAUCGGAGCCCCCUGGCCCACCUGCCCCAGCUGGGCCUGCUUCGGACACAGAGGAGGAGCCAGGGCCCGAGGGGACACCCCCAUCUCGGGGCAGCUCAGGGGAAGGGCUACCAUUUGCAGAGGAGGGGAACCUGACUAUCAAACAGCGGCCAAAGCCAGCUGGCCCUCCACCCCGGGAGACGGCUGUGCCCGCCGGCCUCGAUUUCAACCUCACAGAGUCAGACACUGUUAAGCGGAGGCCCAAAUGCCGCGAGAGAGAGCCCCUGCAGACGGCACUUCUAGCCUUUGGAGUGGCUGGUGCCAUUCCCAGCUCCUCUGCCCCCCUGCCCUCCCAGACCCCCAGCGAGUCCCCCUCCUCAGCUUCUCCCAGCCCUCCUCGGCCUGACCCUACCAACCUUCCAACUCAAGGGUCCCCAGCCCCUCUUUCCCCCAGCCCCCCAACCCAGCCCCACGUGUGCCCCUGCCCUGGGCCAACUCUGGAAAACUCAGCAGGCAAUCGGCGGCAUGGGGAGACAGAGACCCCAACUCCCCCUGCGGCCCUCAUCAAGGUGCCUGGAGCAGGAACAGCCCCUAAGCCUGUGUCUGUGGCCUGCACCCAGCUGGCAUUUUCUGGCCCUAAGCUGGCUCCCCGGCCAGGCCCCCGCCCGGUGCCCCCUCCAAGGCCUGAGAGCACUGGGGCCACGGGCUCAGGCCGGGCCCAGCAGAGACUGGAGCAGACCAGCUCAUCCCUGGCAGCUGCGCUACGGGCAGCAGAGAAGAGCAUUGGCACUGAGGAGCGAGAGGGCCCCCCUGGCACUUCCACCAAGCACAUUCUGGAUGACAUCAGCACCAUGUUCGAUGCCCUGGCUGACCAGCUGGAUGCCAUGCUGGACUGAGCUAGACCCGCCUGUCACCUUCAGCAGUGCCCACCAUGACCUGCAGCAUCCACUGCCUUUGCCCCAGCACAGAAGCUCCUGCCACUCUAGGAGGGUCCCUCCUGCUCCUCCAAGCCAGUGGCUCACAGUACUACAGCUCUAGUGGGGGGUAGCCCCCGCGGGGGGCCGGAGACUUGUGAGAACCUGACUUCUUAAAGCCCCCUCCCAGUGUGUAAUCUGAUCGGACAGCCCUACCCCUUGGACAGGGACCCUGGUAAGAGCUUCCUUCCAAGGGAGAGAGAGAUGGUGGCAGAGCUUCUAGGGUGCUUUCUCUGCCCCUCCGGUGUCUCAAGUCCCUGUGCCAAGGUCCUCUUGCUACUCACUGUGCUGUUCUGGCACUGAGAGGCUGGAGGAAGCCAUGCAUCUGGCCAGGUCCCCACAGGUGUACAUAGGACAUGUAAAUAAGCCACCAGGGGCCUGCUUGGUGGCAGUGGCAAUGCCCAGGCCAGCCCCUGCUCCUGCCCCUGCCUGCCUUCAGUGAGGCAAAGCUGGGGGGAAUGGGGGCAGUGGUAUUCACAGAUCCCUGAAACAGAUCUCCAAAGUCCAAACUUUUUCAACUGUAAAUGUUAUUUUUUAAGCAGAGAGAAAUGCAUAUAUUUUAAAUGGAAUUUAUUCUAUCUAUAACUGAAAGGAUGCAGUGGGGGAGGGGCUUUGGACCACAGCAAGAGUGCCCACCACCUGCCUUGGGGCUGGAAGCCUGACCUGGUUGGCCCAGGCCCCGGCUCUGUAACCAUUAACCUCUUCCCCCAACUAACACCAAUGAAAGUGUCAUUCCACGUGA